AUGUCUGGGUUCCAGUCAGUGUUGUUCAGUUCCAUGAGGUUUGUGUCCCAGGUGCAAUUUGUUAGACGAACACCUGCUUCCUUCGGCUCACUUGAUACAAUACGCUUCCCCACACCCGGCGCACCGCACCUCCCUGGCAAUGCCGGCCCCGCCCUCCACACCUGCUUCCAGACCGCCAACGCUCUCGAUAGUCUCAGACGUGCACCCCUUCCGAGCACAUUCUCCCUUUAUGCGCGCUGGCAACAGUGUCCUGCUCGGUCCAGCGUCGUCGGUGGAGGCGUCAGCGCACCCGUGGCCGUGGACGUGGUCUUUACAGAACACAUGGGCGCAAUGGGGGCAGGUGAAGGGGAGGAAAUCGACAAGAGAGCAAGUGUAGCACUUGCCACCGAUGUCGAGGAGGGACAUGGUCUGCCGAGAGAGCUGGAGGGUGGUGGUGUGUUGGGUGGUGUUUACAAGAGAAGCACAUCUCGGCAUGUCAUCUACGACUGGCUCUGA